AUGGCAAAAUUACGUGAAGAGCAGAAAGCAGAGCUCAUUAAACAAGAGAAAGAACGUCGUCGAAUCGCCCGGCUCCGACAGGUAUAGUUUUUCUGAGCUUUUUGAAAUUUUAAGGAGAAAAAUUUGUUUUCAGGUCCGCCAGCAGUCUUCGUUGCACGCAAAAGUCAUCAGAGAAGUUGUGAGUCAGAAGAAGCGAGAGAUUAUCGAGGAUAUCAGGUAUUUCUGUCGUUAUGUUGCAAAAACUGUACAAAAGUUCGUUCAGGGCCGAGUUACACGAAGAAGUGCGCUCAAAAGUGUCCGAAUUGGAAGAUGUUGAGAAUUUAACGCCCAAACUGGUUCGGAAAUCGACGACGCCACGUUCGAAGGUAAAAAUUACUAACAAUCCUAAAAAAACUGCACGAUGCUUCUGAAAUUGUCAAGAAAAUCCUAUCUUUGCUGGAAACCUACAAGACUACCUGAAAUUGUAUACAAUUUGCUUUAAAAAACACAGAAACUUUCUUUUUCUUCCCAAAAAUGCUCGAAAGAAAUCUGAGAAUACUUCCAGAAGAAACACAAUGCUCGGCGUCGUGAAAUGACCGAAAACGACGUGAUAUUGGCCCAAAAACGGAACGCCGAAGCGAUGAAGCGACUGAAAAAGCAGAAAGAACAAGAAAAAAUGGAAAAAGAGGAAAAACUGGCGAAACGGAAGGCGGCCGCCCAAAAAGCAAACGAAAUCAUGAGAGGAGGCAACUCCAGGAUAUUGUGA